AUUUAAAAGAAACAACCAUAGAAACUUAUAAAAGAAUUAUCAAAGAAUCGGAAGCCAUAGCAGAAAAAACAAAUGGACAAGUCGAUAUGCGAAAAUCAGGAGGUUAUUCAUUAACAAGUUUAAAACUUUUUCGAGAAACAACUUUAGCACCGAACAGAAGUGAAAAAAUCGAUGAGAAAGAAAAUGCAUGGUUAAAUUUAGCAACAACUGGUGCUUUAGUAUUUGCAGAGAAAUAUGAAGGAGAAGUUAUUCAAUAUGACGUAAAUUCGAUGUAUAUAUAUGAAAUGUUAAAGAAAGAAGCAUCAUGGCCAAUUGCUACAG